AUGACUCGUGCAUUAUUGGAUACAGAUUUAGAUAUAAAUAUUACGAUUAAAAAAAUUCAUGGUACUCAAUCAAAUCAUCUUAUUUCUUUGACUUAUAUUGUACAAGAUAAAAAAUUUAAUAAAAAUUUGAUCAAAAGAAAACUUAGUAAUAAAGAUGAUGCUGAUAUUCAAUAUGUUCGUGUUAAUCUACCUGGUUCACAACUUGAUCGUGUUAUUAAAAAUAAAAACAUUCAAUUUCGUUUUGUUCUUUAUUCACUGGAUUGGGUGUUGAUAUCAAUAAAUUUUAUUACUGUUAAUUUAAAAGAAAUAUGA